CUACUUAGUUACUUUUGUUUAGUACGCAGUACAAACCCUAAGUUCAAUAUACUCAUACUUACAUUAUUCAAAUUAAAUAUUUCAUCACCAUUCCGUCAUAACGAGUAGGUUUUUCAGAUUAGUAAUCCACAUUUUGAUGAUUGCAACAAUUUGUCGCUACGUGAUCAUGCGCAUUUACACCAUGAAGGUUGCAAUUGUUAGGGAAAUACCAUCAAUUGUGGAUACUAAAGGACAUAUUUAAUGCUGGGCCAUCAUCACCUCCGCUUUAAUAAUAAUAGCAGCCACAGACCGCGACUGCAGUUCUUGAUCUGGUCCACUUCGGUCGUUUUAUCUGUGCCAUGUGUUUGUGGCUCAUAACAGCAUGUUUGGGGAUGCUAUCCACAAGUCCCACGCAACAAAAUAUCGUUAUUAUUGGUACUCCGUCCCCUAUUUUGCAGCCAACAACAACGACAACAACUACAGCCAGACCUGCUAAUGUCACGAAGCCAGCUAACAUGACGAUGCCUCCAACUGUGACACCAACUGCGGCACCAACUGUGACACCAACUGCGGUACCAACUGUGACACCAACUACGGCACCAACUGCGGCACCAACUGCGGCACCAACUGCGGCACCAACUGCGGCACCAACUGCGGCACCAACUGCGGCACCAACUGCGGCACCAACUGCGGCACCAACUGUGGCACCUACUGUAGCUCCAACAGUCAGUCCAACAUCAGGACCGCUCCCGAUUGACCCGAGGCUCGGCACCACCCCGUCUCCCUCUGCAGCAUUACAGGUCCCACCUGUGACUGGAUACAGCGCUCAAAUACCUUCAUACAAUACAGCUGUAAAAUUCCCUCGGCAACGCAGAAGUUUGGAGGACGAUAAGAUGGAUCUAAGAGGCUUUUUGAACUGGUUGCAAUACGAAAGUAAAGAUAAACAUGAAAUUGUUAAGAGACAAAGCUGCAGAUGUGUGCCGGCCGGAACGUGCACUGGAGGCAGUGGAGCUAAUGCUGCUGCUGGUAUGAUUGAUAUCAGAAUUGUGACACCUGGCGGAAACACGGGAGGACAGUGCCCCACAGGACAAGAGUAUUGUUGUGGCACUUCGUCGCAAAUACUCUGUGGAACUUUGCAGGCUGUGCCAGCCACCACCAUCGUACCAGCUGCCGGGCAGGCUAGUUUUGGAGAAUUUCCUUGGCAGGCUAUUAUUCUAACUAAACAAAAUGAUUACAUUGCGGGGGGCGUUUUGAUAGAUUCAUUGAAUGUUCUGACUGUGACACAUAGAUUAUUACCAUAUAUAGUUUCAGGCACGGCACCAAACGUUAAAGUGAGACUUGGUGAGUGGGACGCUGCCGGCACGUACGAGCCGGUACCCUUCCAGGAGUACACUAUACAGAAGGUGUUCACCCACCCGUCCUACAACCCGAACACCCUGCAGUACGACCUCACUGUCCUUCGACUGGCCUCCGCUGUGCCCUUCACGCCACAGGCGGGGGCAGCUACCACCAUCAACAGAGCUUGUUUACCUGCGUCGAGUACUACCACUUAUAAUGGACAGACAUGCUGGGUAGCUGGCUGGGGGAAGAACAUGUUUGGCGUGCAGGGACAGUACCAGCAGAUUCUAAAGAAGGUGGACGUGCCUAUAGUAGCACCAGCCACGUGCCAGGCACAGCUUCAGGCUGCACGUUUAGGACCCACUUACGUCUUAGAUACUACGUCUUUCGUCUGCGCUGGUGGAGUCGCUAAUAAGGAUUCUUGCACUGGCGACGGUGGUUCCGGGUUGGUGUGCAACGUGAACGGGCAGUGGAUGCUGGUGGGGCUGGUCUCGUGGGGCCUGGGCUGUGCGGCCGCUGACGUCCCCGCGGCGUACGUCAACAUCGCAGGCCUGCUGCCCUGGAUACAGCAGCAAGUCGCUACGCCUUGAUUCAAUACGCUUAAUAGAUUAUACGUUUCAUAGGUGUAUCAUUUAUUUAUUUUUAAAUAAACGUUUUUACUGCUGGGUAUCAUAAGUAACAUAGGUA